AGCCAUUACAUAGGACCUGUUUUUGCUCAUUCGUCCUCGAAGGCAGAGAUAGUCACAAUGGGCUCCUUCCUCUCCAGGCUCCUCGGAGCUCCGUCCGACGGCUCGUCGGAGUCUUCUCGCGUCCAGGCGUUCCACUCCGCCCCACAGUGGCAGCUCCACUUCAACACCGUCAAGGAGACCUCCCAAUUGAUGGUGAUCGAUUUCGCGGCUUCCUGGUGCGGGCCUUGCAGGAUGAUGGAGCCGGCCGUGAACGCCAUGGCUACUCAGUUCGCCGACGUCGAGUUCGCCAAAAUCGACGUCGACGAGUUGUCCGACGUGGCACGGGAGUUCGGAGUGCAGGCGAUGCCGACGUUUGUGCUGGUGAAGAAAGGGACGGAAGUGGACAGGAUCGUGGGGGCGAAUAAGGACGAACUCGAGCGGAAGAUCCAGAGGCACAGGGCUCUCGUGGCUGCCAGUUGAGUUCGAUUCCUUUGCUCUUCUUCGAGGGGAAAAAUAAAGAGUGUGUUUGUAUUGUACCUUCAAUUCCGACUGUAUCGUGUGCAAAUAACGCUUAUAUGUAUCGCGAAGCAUCAGGAAUGUUUCGUGUGUGAUC